AUGUCUUGGCAAGACUCAACCCGGAAGCACGCAUUCUCCCCAUCUCGAGUCAAUCCCGCCUGUACCCAACUAACACGUGUUUAUCUGAUUCACAGUCUCGUCGGCACCGGCCACGUUGACAAAGCCGCAAUCUUCAACGCCGAGGGCAACUCCGUAUGGGCUUCUUCACCAAACUUCACCGUGAGCCCGCAAGAAAUGCAGGAGGUUGUCGGCGCGUACAAGGAUACCUCAGUGCCCAAAAAGGUGCAAUCUACGGGACUGCACAUUGCAGGUCAAAAGUACAUUGUCAUUAAGGCGGAAGAGUCGAGUUUGUAUGGAAAGAAGGGUCGAGAAGGCGUCGUCAUUGUCAAGACAAAGCAAGCACUGCUUAUCACACACUACCCGGAGACGAUACAGCCCGGCACGGCGGCCAACACGGUCGAGAAACUCGGCGCCUAUCUGGUCAGCGUGGGUUAUUGA